AUGUCGUACGUCACUCUGGCCCAGCAGGGCCUCAGUGCUGCCGAGUCGCGCAACUGGGAUGAAGCCGUCACCAAGCUGUCCACGGCCCUCCAGAGCUCUACGAAUCCCGCCUGGCUUAUUGCCCGCUCAAAGGCCCUGGUUGGACUCGAGCGAUACGAAGCAGCCCUGGACGAUGCCGACCUGGCAUGGCACACUGCCUAUGAGCGCAACAAACGCGAUCUCAUGGCCAGCGCCCAGUACCGCCGCGGCGUGGCCUUUUACCACCUGAAGCAAUACGCAAACGCCGACUACUGCUAUCUGCACUGCAUGAGACUCAUCAAGGGUGGUGUUGCAGUGCCCAAGGAGGACCCCGGCCUGAAGUAUGUGGACGACAAGGGGUUCUGGACGGUGACUGCCGACCAGGCCACUGCUGAUAUCCGUAGCGAGGAGGCCGGUAACAAGGAUGACGCUCUCAAGUCCGCUAUGGGCGGACAGGGUCAGACUCAGCCGCAGCAAAGAGAGUCGCGAAUGGCCGGUGUCAUGCGGACUCAGGCUCUAAAGGCAAUGGAGAAGCUGCCGGAGGAUGAUGCUGGGAGAAAAUUGACGACAGCUUUGAUUCCCCAGCAAAAAGAGCUCGCUGUCCACAAAUCUGAUAAGGCUCAAGAUGAGGCCAGACCCGCAGCGGCAAAGCCUGUGGUCCCCAGUGAUGCGCCACUUCGCCUCCAGGACUUCCAAAGCAACACGGCCAUGUCUGUUUCCAUCUUCUCAAAGGGCGUCAACAAGGAAAAACUCAAGGUGGAUUUCUUGGACAACUCUGUCCGACUGGACCCUCUCGUCUAUCCCAACGGCGAAGAGAAGGAGUUUCAGCUUCAUCUGUGGGGGGAAAUCGAUGCCUCCAAGUCCAAGUUUACCGUCACUCCCAACAAGGUCGAGCUCAGCCUGGCCAAGAAGACUGCCGGCAAAUGGCCAACUCUUCAAUCUGAUGGAUCCUCAGCAGCACAAGUACCGGUAAAGCCUGCCGUUAUAGCAGCACCAGAAACUAAGAAACCAGAGCCUGUCGCUGACUCAGUCAAAAGCGACCCUUCAGAGGCUUCAGCGACCAAGCCAUCCUAUCCCACGUCCUCCCGCUCCGGCCCCAAAAACUGGGACAAGGUCGGCGAAGACGAGAACUCAGAUGACGAUAAAGACGUCAACUUGUUCUUCAAAAAGCUCUACAAGGGAGCCACCCCAGAACAGCAGCGCGCCAUGAUGAAGAGCUUCACGGAGAGCAACGGAACAUCCCUUAGCACGAACUGGGAUGAUGUCAAGGACAAGCGGGUUGAGACGGUGCCACCUGAUGGCGUCGAGGCAAAGAAGUGGGACUAA